AUGACAGUUGAAACCAUUGGAAUUGUACCUUCCGUCCCAGUCGUGGCGAAAGGAUCGACCCCGAUCCCGGCCAAAGGAUCGAGCGGCGAGCAAACUCCCUAUACGACUCUCACCCGCUAUCGAAUCUUUCAAGAUGAGCAUCAGAAAACUUGGUGGGAGAAGACCGGCCCGCUACUGGGCAAGAUCUUGGCCUCGGCCGGAUACAGCCUCGCCCGGCAGUUCGAGGCCAUGACUUUCUACGUCGAGGUCCUCUUGCCUUUACUGGGGCCCUACCCCCACCAUUUCCGAAGUGCAAUCACUCGCAGUGGUCUGCCUCUGGAGUUCAGCGUCAACUACCAGCAACUUGGCAACAUUGAACCGGUGGUGAGAAUUGGCUUUGAGCCUGUCGCCGCGCCAUCUGGCAGAUCUGAGGACCCUUUUAAUCAAGAGCCCAUUGGCUGCCUGCUCGAUUGUCUAAAGCAGCUGCACCUCCCGGGCUUUGAUGAUGCUCUUUUUCGGCAUUUUCUGGAGACUCAGACGGUCAAUGCGGCCGAGAAAGCACAACUGGCCCUGAACUCCAAAAGUGACGGCGGCGGUCAAAAGAUCGCGAUGGAAGGGAGUGCUCUGACUUCCCAGGCAGCAUUUGGAUUCGAUCUCAAAAAGGAGACAAUUGCUGUCAAAGGGUAUACCUUUCCGGCACUGAAAUGCCACGCAUCGGGCCAAGGGUUUGGUCAGCUCCUCACUAACUCAAUUCAACCCCUCAAGGACCAGAUGGGUGCGUUUCCGUCCUUUGACAUGGUGAACGCGUAUCUUGAGGAGACCAACGGGUAUAGUCAAUUUGCCUUUUGGUCCUUUGACUGCGUGGACUCUUACACCUCGCGGUUGAAGCUCUAUAGCUCGCACAACGAAGUUGUUUGGUCCAAGAUCGAGGAGAUCUGGACCUUGGGUGGUCGUGCACAGUCACCAAAUGUGGGAACCGGGCUUCGGUAUUUGAAGGAGCUCUGGCAGCUGGUAAAGCUUUCUGAAGGCCACCGCGCCUUCACCGGUGGCUUUGAUGAUGGCAAAGACUCGACCCCAACUCCCAUGGUGUGGAACUACGAGAUGAAGGUGGGAGAGCCAGCUCCUGUAACCAAGUUCUACUUUCCUAUUCAUGGAGAGAGUGAUUUGGACGUGGUCCAGGGCGUGGCGCAAUUCUUGACCAAGAUUGGGCUGGAGAAGUACGGAACUGACUAUGAGCAGACCGUACGCGAGUACUUGUAG